GAGUCUUCUCGUGGCGUCUGCUACUCUGCUCCACCGCAAAUCUUCAAGAGGAAUAGCAUUCCGUUUACCUUCAGCUUUCCUAAUCCGCAAAGGCCCAAACUAAACAUCAGAGUUGAAGAAUAGAACGAUUUUAGCAUUUGAUUUCGACUGACGCCUCAUGGAUGCAAGUAGGGAUUUAAUAAUAGAGCUGCCGAUAGAGAUAAAGGACAGAAUUUUAGAGUGUUUGCCCACCCGAGACGCCGCCAGAACUGCUCUUCUCUCAAGGCACUGGAAUGAUGCUUGGUUGCAGCAUGGGCGGCUUGUGUUCGAUCGGGAAUUCUUGGAAAGUCUCCAACAGCGCCAAGAUGAUAAGAAAAUCUUGGAUGGUAGAACCUCCGUGAACAUAAUCAAUAAUAUCCUGUUUCACCGUGCUUGGCCGGUUAAGAAAUUUACUCUACACAUUCCAUGUGCUGAUCUUAUGCAGCAGUCUGAUUUUGAUAGGUGGUGUCUUUUUCUUUCACAAAAUGGUGUGGAGGAACUUGACAUAUUUUUAUAUAGUGAUCUAGCGCCAGUUUAUGAGCUGCCAUUUUGUUUACUCUCUUGCAGGACAAUUAAGAAACUGAUAGUCCAAGGUGUGAUUAUUGAUUUGCCUGUAAAUGCUUGUGAUAUAUUUUCCAAUGUCACUUCAUUAGAGUUCUUUUAUGUUAAAUUUAAGCGCGGUGUUAAUGAAAUUGCCUCUAGUAUUAGUAUUCCUAAUCUUGAGAAGCUGGCUUUCGAAGAUUGUGAUGAGAUCGAUGAGUUUGAGAUCAGUAGUCCUCCAAAGCUUGAAAUGUUAUCUGUUAUUGAUUUUAUGUAUGAUGUAUAUGCUUCGAGAUGGUUGACACCGCAUUUGAAAGCCAUUAAGACUCUUCGGUUGUGUGGCUCUUUGUUGAGGUAUAUGGAUGCAUCUAUGUUUCCAACUGCAAUAAAUCUGCAAGUGAUGAAGCUACAUGAAUUAAAUAUUGAUUGUCGGGAGGAGCUUGCCGUUGCUAUGCAAUUGCUUAAAAGAUGUCCUAACCUAUGUGAACUGCAUAUUUUGGCGCAGGAGUUCGGUUCGAAGGAUUACAAAGAAGCUGCUUCAAGGCUUUUGGAGGAUCCAGAUAGUUGCUUUGUUAGUAAUGAGCUGAGAAUGCUUAACACAAUCAAGAUUGAAUCAAAGUGUGCAUCUGCGCUCCAAAUGCUUUUUAUAAAAAUGUUACUUUCAAAAUCUCCUGCGCUAGAGAGAUUUGUUCUGAAGUUUUGGGAUAUGAAUGCCCUCGAGGUGAGAAAAAUCCAAAGGAAGUUGGAAUGCUUUCCGCGUGCAUCUUCAAACGCACAUUAUAUUGUCUUCACGGACAAUGAUAAUGAUUCUAUGGGUAUGGAUUACUGGCAACAUUGGUUUAGCCUUUCACAGACUUGGUGAAUCUCCAUGGGUUCAAUCUUUAGAAAUGUAAGCAAUGGUAGUGUUGGAAGUUGAAAUGUUUUCUA